UGAAGACUUGAAGAGAGAAGUGUUGAAGAGCAUUUUCCUGGAUAGAUAUAAAAUUUCAAUAGCAACUUUGUUUUAUCAAUCAAUACGUUCAUAAUGGCUGGUGGUUUCACCGAAACUGCGUUCAUAAAGAAACUAGCGGAGUUGAAUAAUUCAUCACAAAGUAUUCAAACUUUGAGCUUGUGGCUCAUUCACCACAGGAAACAUUAUAGCACAGUAGUAAAAUUAUGGGUCAGAGAAUUGAUAAAAGCUAAAGAUAAUAAGAAGCUGACAUUCAUGUAUCUCGCCAAUGAUGUAAUACAGAACAGCAAAAAAAAGGGCCCUGAGUAUGGACAAGAGUUUGGAAUACAUCUGAAAAAGGGCUUUGAACACAUGUCCAGAAGUGAUGAAAAAACAAAAAAUAGCUUGGAUAGGUUGCUCACCAUUUGGAAUGAUAGGGGAAUAUAUGAUAGUGUAUUAAUCAGUGAAUUCAAGAGGGCACUAGUAUUAGGACAUGAACCUCCAACCAAAAAAUCAAAACCAAAUGACAGAAAGAAAAGUCCAGCAAGGGAGAGACGAAAAUCUGAGACUGAAAAAGUCGUUGAGCAUUCUGAUGGUUCUAUUGAAACCUUCAUUCAUUUGAGUCCUCAUACUCCUGCAGGGGAUCCACCAGAACCUGAAGAACUGAUAAAAGCCAUUCAAGAUUUAGAAUUGAACAUUGCCUCAUCAGAUGAAGUUGUUAGAGAAAGAAUUGCUAAAUUACCAAGAGAAGUAUCUGAAGUUUCUCUUAUUUCAAAAAUUGAAGAUAAAGAAGCUGCUGAAAAGUUGAGUUUGCAAGUAGGAGAAGCAGUCCACUUACUGAGCCAGUAUAAUAAUAGAUUAUCUGCAGAAAUGGAUCAUAGAAAGAAACUCAGCAUUAUGAUGAGGGACUUUUUACAUGUCCAGGAGGAAUUAUUAGCUCAAGCUGAGAGAAAUCUAGAGGAGUACCAAGAAAAGUUACUGAAAGUAUUUAGCGUUAGAACUGAACUCCACAAUCACAUCAGAAACUUACCAGAUCUGACGCAGCUACCAAAUGUCACAGAUGGAUUGGCCCCAUUACCUUCUGCUGAACAUUUGUUCAUGCAGUGAACUAAAUAGUUUUAGAGUUCAAUGUAUUGCAAUGUGUUUAGUGCACAUUUUUCAUCUGAGGAAUUACAGGAAGAUGUAUUUUAAUGUUUGGUGCUGUUCACUAUUGUUUUUUUGAAUCUUAUUUGAGAACAAUAAUGGUAUGAUUUCGAUGAAGAAUGUUUCAAAUUAUGAAUUGAUCAAUUUCAACAAUGUAAAAACUUCGUAAAUGAUAUGAUUUCCACAAUAUUCAUAGCAAUACAUCAUAAGUGAAAUACUCCUACAAUAAAUUAUUCCAACAUUGCUUUGCCAAACUUAUAUAUGAGGUGUUCCUGAAUGUUAUGUACAGGGUGAGCCAAAUUGGUCAAUUUUAAAGGGAAAAUCCUAUUCUAGGUAUGUAGACUGAUUUCAGUGCCUGAGGAUCAAUUUUCAUGACAAACAAAAUGCUUCGCAAAUGUUUUUAUGGAAACAAAGAAUUUUUGGUAAAAACUUUUCAAAACUUUAUAUUUUCUAAAAACACCUUGUAACUCUGAAACAAAGAUAGAUGUGCAGUUUUCAUCAUUGAGUUUGUAAUGUGAAUUGAUCAACAGGCGCCAACAUCAGUUUUGUUCUAUCUGCUACGUGAAUAGGAUUUUGAAGGUUCAGCUAGCCUGCUCACAGGUAAUUCGCACACAAAUUCUUUAGGUUCCUAAAUAUAUACAGGGUAUUCCCAAAUGUCAUGUACAUAUUGAAGGACAUGAUUCCUUGGUUUAUUUUCACUUAUAAUAUCAC